CAGAUGUCUCAACUUCCUGUUUACAUUUUUCUUUUGUUGUGUCGGCAUGAUUAAGUGAUUUGACAAGGAACUGGGCUCUUCAUUUCAUCUCAUGUGACAAAAAAUGUCAAUAAUUUCCAUGUUUCCUAAAAUGAACUUUGGGUCGAGUAUGGAGAGAUUGGAGGAAGUGGCCCUGGAGGAAUGGAAUAACAGACUCCAACAGAUUCACCCUACCAGGGCCGACAUGAACAAGCUGGUGAUGAAUUACCUGGUCACAGAGGGUUUUAAGGAGGCAGCAGACAAGUUCCAGAAGGAGUCAGGUGUUCAGCCAAUGGUAGACCUGGAACAGUUAGACGAGCGAAUCAAAAUCCGAGAGGCCAUUCAGGAGGGCAGGAUACAGGACGCCAUCUCACUGGUCAACAGCAUUCAACCAGAACUCCUGGACAAUGACCGAUACCUGUACUUCAGAUUACAGCAACAACAGUUGAUAGAGUUGAUCAGAGAGAAGAAUGUUGAGGCUGCACUCGAGUUUGCCCAGACUCAACUGGCUGAGCGCGGAGAAGAGAAUCCAGAGAUUUUGUCAGAACUUGAGCGCACGCUGGCUCUCUUGGCAUUUGAUAACCCAGAGUCAUCUCCCUUUGGAGAACUUCUUCAUCCUUCCCAAAGACAAAAGGUGGCCAGUGAACUGAAUGCUGCCAUUCAGGAGACAGACUCCACCCCAAAACUGGCAAAUCUACUGAAACAUUUACUGUGGUCUCAGGAGGAGCUGGACAAAAAAAAGGUCAAGUACCCCAGGAUGACAGACAUUGCCAUGGGGACACUGGAUGGAUCCAAAUAGGUGCGCGGAUCCAAGAAAGAGUUCUAAACACUUGUUAACUUCUAUGUAUUCCAAGAAACGACACUAAAACCAGGAUCUUUGGCCCUUGUAUUUGGUUUUGUUGCAUUGUUUCAUUUCAAAGGGACUUCAGUCAUGUAAUUAGAGGAGAGACAGAGAUAUAUUCAGUUUGUGACAUGCCCCCCCCCCCCCCCCCCCCCCUCUCCUUUUGUGAUUUAAGUCCCAAUGUUACAUUUGAUAUCUUCUGAGACUAUAAGGUCUUAUUUAUGUAAUUAUGACUUCAUGAGAAAUAUUACAGAAUGUACUGGGAUUUUAUGUCAUUUGUUUGUAUUUCUUUAUAUGUAAAUAACAAAGGAAAAGUGCAAAUAAAACUGUGUUUAAUAAAAUAAAAUAAAAAAAA